CUUUGGGUCCGGCGGCGGUUUCCGGAGAGAGUCCAGGGGCCUGGAGGGGCCAUGUCGGGCCCGUCCCCCGUGCAGAUCCGGGAGGCGAACGCUCACCUGGCAGCCGUGCACCGGAGGGCGGCGGAGCUGGAGGCGCGCCUCGGGGCGGCGGAGCGCACGGUGCGGGAGCAAGCGGAAAGUCUCAUCCGCAAAGACGAGCAGCUGCGCGGGGCGCUCCGCGAGCUGGGCCGGGCCAAGGACCGAGAGAUCGCAGAUCUUCAGGAAAAGCUCUUUUCUUCAGAGGGGACUGUCCAGAAGCUUCUGACUGUGAUUCAGGAGAAAGACGCCUUGAUCGUGCAGCUGAAGCACCGCAGUGAGCUCUUGCACAAAAUCUGCCAGCGCCGGCCUCUGCUGGACAGCCUGUUGGCCUACAUGGCUGAAGGGGAGCAACUGGGCCCUUUGGCCAGGUCAGGGUCCCCGAGUGCCAGCAGUUCCCCACUCCCCGAUGGGACACCUGGGACUGGUGGGCCCUCCUGCCCACUCUCCAACAGCCAGGCCUUCUCUCUCAGUGAAGAUGAUGUAGAUGACAAGGAUUUGGACCAGACUAUGUUUGGAACCACAGUGUGAGCUGUCCUGUCUGGUAGCCUCUCUCUUCCUCCAGAGGCUUCUUUCCAGUCCUUCUCCUUGUGGUGGUAGCCAUGAAAACCUGGGGCGAUCAGGAUCCUCCCGGGCCUCUCCCAGAGAAGCAAUUCUGGGUCUGUUCCUAGCCCUGCGCCACUGAGACAGGGGUCCUUGUAAACCCACUUGUCUUUCAGGAGAGGAGCCACAGGUAUAAGGACUCUAGAUUCAGGGACAUGGUUUCUUCCUUUACCCCCAAUCUCUUCUCCCCUUAAAAAGAUUUCUCUCUGCAGGAUCUUCAAACUCAGGAUGAACAUAGGCUUGCAUCUCAACGAGGGAGACAAUGUCUUAGAGAAAAGUUUAAAGAAAAAACACAGGGGCAGUUUCUCUAAAUUUCCAUUUGGGUUUGGAAGCCAGGUCCUAUUUGAUAGUAGAAGGGUUUCUGGGUGCAAUAAUGCAGUGAGGUUAUUGAUAGGGAACCUGACUUCUUCGGGGAACUGAGUCUCCAGGCAAAAGUAACACCGUCCUGAAAAAACCCCAGACUUAGAAAAGGGAAAAUCAGCAUGUAGUUGGAAAGGGCAGAUCGAUUGGCCUUUCUGAAGAUCAAGGUUAUUACAGAUUGAGGCUUUAAAAAGCCCAGUAAAACCUGUGUCUUUUUUCCUACCCCAUUCCUUCUGCUAGCUUCCUGUUUCUGUUAGCAGCCUCGACAGUGAUCCGUAUUUUGAGAAUAGUGCCAUCCCUAGAGGUAGCAGAGGAAUUCCUCGAGGAAUUAGAAUUAUUCUUAUUUUGAAUAAUACAGUAGUGAUCUAGAACACAAAGGUUUGUUCACUUAAUAUGUAGCCUGUGUUCUAAGCCACUCACACUUUUGUAUCAGCUUUAAUAAGUUUGAGUGUAUUUUAAAAUGCUCUUUUUCAAAUUCUACAUUUUUUUAUUUUUUAAAAAUUCAAGGGGGAGUUGAUUUCCCAAGUCGCCCAACUAACCUCCAUUCAUAUCAAAUGGUUGGAAGGUUUAGCCAGGGCUUAUACUUCUCUACCUACUAAUAUUGAGCCAACUGGUUUCUACAAGGCCUGUUACAGGGGAAACUACUGGAUUAAAAAACCAGUGGUUUCCAUGCUCUGGUGAAUAAUUCUGAUGUCAGGUGAUACUCAGUGGAGCUGAAUUCCAGCCUAAAAGAAUUCGAACCUUCAUUUGAAGUCUGUGAUACCAGGGUUUGACCUGGACAUCUCUUUAGAAGAGCUCAGACUACGGGAAUACAGACUGGGGGGCAGCUCUAUGUAGCCAACUAGAAAUCCUUUUUUAUAUCUAAUAGAUGUCUAUAUUUUACAUGUCUGUUUUCUAUGGGGGUCAUUCUCAAGCUGAGCUAUUAAAUGGGAAGUUCACCGUUUGAGGAUAAAUAUUUCACUUUUUUAUAAAAGCAAAUAAAAGAACAUUUUGCCACUUCA